GCGGGGCAGACGUGGGCUGGACCAGGGGCUGCAUUCGCCCCUGCAGAGCUCCCGGCUGGGCUAGAGCGAGUGCUGGCAGCGAGGUGGACGGUGAGGAACCCAAGAAGGGAACCGGGCAGGCUCUGCUCGCAGUUGACAGGCGGUAGGGGGUCCUGGGAGCGCCUUCGCGUACCUCUGCUGCCUCUGGCAUCCUAGAAGGAUGGCGGUGCUGCUCUGGGGUCUGCUGCUGCUCUGCCUGUCUGCUCUGCACCACCGCCCAUGGUGCCCUUUGGCAUAUGCCCUGGAGAUGGAUUUUAUCCCUACACUUCACCAGGACAGCUCUCAGGGGCAUGAAGUGACUGGAACCUCAGGGCAGGACCUGCAGCCCACUCUCACCAGCGUUACUUUGCCUGCAGCUGUGUCAACCCUGCCGAACGCUGCAGUGUCAGACUCUACCAGUGACACCUGGGAGGACAUUCAUGGACCCACAUCACCACCCACACCCACUGCUAGUACCACCGCCACUACUACUACCGCUACCACCACAGUGUGUAGCGACAACUUCACAAGCCCAGAGGACGAACCUGGGACUGGGACAGGGGGAAGUCACGAACAAGUGCUGGAAGGACAAGAAGAGGAUUCCUCUGACGAGGAGGAAGAGGAUGAAGAGAGAAACUGCGACAUAUCUCAGGAAAGAAUAAGGAAGCUAGCAGAUGGCUUGAUGAAAUUCACUGCUGAUCUCCUGCAAGAGGUCGAGCUGGAGAACAGCCAAUCCAACGUGGUCCUCUCUCCCCUCAGCAUCACCCUGGCGCUGUCCCACCUGGCACUAGGAGCAGAAAACCAGACAGAGAAGCAUCUGCUGGAGGCAAUGCACCUGAAGUCAGUGCCCUGCCUCCACCCCACGCUAAGCAGCAUCCGCAGAGUGCUCACAGAGUCCAUGCUCAGCGUGGCUUCCCGGCUGUAUCUGCAGAAAGGACUUGAGGUUAAAGAGAAAUUUCUGGACAACUCGGAGAGAUUCUAUGGAGCGAAGCCUGUGACCCUGUCUGGAAACAAGGAGGAUGAUCUCAUAGCCAUAAACAAAUGGGUAAAGGAGGUGACAAAGGGGCAUAUCUCCUCCUUCCUGUCUCAGCUCCCCGAUAGCAUGGUGAUGCUCUUGCUCAACGCUGUCUACUUCCGAGGAUUUUGGAGGAACAAGUUUGAUGCCAGCCUGACAGGUCCAGAUAUGUUCCACCUUAAUGACAAGUUCAUGGUCUCUGUGGAGAUGAUGAAAGCCCAGAAAUACUCCCUGAGUUGGUUUACAUUGGACUCCCUGGAAAUGCAGGUGGCCAGGUUUCCCUUUAAGGGCAACAUGAGUUUUGUAGCCAUUGUCCCAAACAAGUUUGGGUGGAAUGUCUCGGAGGUGCUGGAGAACAUCAGCCAUGACAAGCUUCGUGGCCGCUUCCCCAAAGAGAAGCCCACCCUGGUGAAGAUGCCCAAAAUGCAUGUAGAUUACAAGCUGGAGCUCAACCAAGUCCUCAGCCGGCUAGGCCUCAAGGAGCUAUUUUCAGCCCCCAAUCUACAGAAGAUCACCGAUGAGCCUCUCCUGGUGUCAAGCAUCCAGCACCAGUCUACCUUGGAGCUGGCAGAGGAAGGGGUGGAGGCAUCAGCUGCCACCAGCGUUAUGCUGUCACGGUCACUGUCCACUUUUAGACUUGACCGACCCUUUCUCUUCAUCAUCUUUGAGGAGAUAACGGGCAUCCCUCUCUUUGUAGGCAAAAUCCAGAACCCCAACCCCAGUGCUGCCCAGCAAAUGAAAGAGCCGGAAGACGUGUCUGAUGAGAAAUCUGGCCUCAAAGACUCCCCCCCCAAAUAAGGGACUCCCAGGACU